GCCGCCACAGGCGGCUCCUCUGGGUCAGCCUUUGGCACAGAGGUGCUGAGACAGAAGAGAAUCUACAAAAUGGCAACUGCUCAGAAGCAAAGGAACUGUGUGAGUGCAGUUGCAUUUCCUACCAAAAUAUCUACUGAGCAGCAAUCCCUGGUGGUAGUGAAGAGACUCCUGGCAGUAGCAGUGUCCUGCAUCACCUACCUGAGAGGAAUAUUCCCUGAAAGUGCCUAUGGAACAAGAUACAUGGAUGAUGUCUGUGUCAAAAUUCUAAAGGAAGACAAGAACUGCCCUGGCUCUGCUCAGCUGGUGAAAUGGAUGUUAGGCUGCUAUGAUGCCUUGCAGAAGAAAUAUCUGAGGAUGAUUUUGCUAGCAGUCUAUACCCAUCCAGCAGACCCUCAGGCAAUCACGGAGUGUUACCACUUCAAGUUCAAGUACACUCACCACGGACCACUGCUGGACUUUGGCAGUGAGGACAGGAGGAGCGACGCCACAGUCCCCUGUGCAGACACCAGGAAAGCGAGCGUGCUCCUGAUCCGCAAGAUCUUUGUCCUGAUGCAGAACCUCAGCCCCCUGCCAAGGGAUGUCUGCCUGACCAUGAAGCUCUUCUAUUAUGAUGAAGUUACACCCUCUGACUACCAACCUCCUGGGUUUAAGGAGGGGGCAUGUGAGGGGAUGAUAUUCAAGGGGGAGCCCAUGUACCUGAACGUGGGGGAAGUGCCAACACCCUUCCACAUGCUGAAAGUGAAAGUCACAACUGACAAGCAGCGCAUGGAGAGCGUGGAUAAAAGCUUGCUGAAGCCUGGAGGGAGGAACCUGCCCCACCAGGUGCUCAGAGGGGACAACGAGGAGCCAGAGGAAGAGAACCAGGACAUGGAUGAAGAUCCAGUCUUGGGCAAUGAGGAUGGGAAAGGAACUACCCCAGAGGCUCAAGAACCAAAUGUGGCUCAGGAAGAAGAUGAAGUUGAGAAGGCUGAAGGGAACCAGAAACUCCACGUGUCUACUCCUCAGGUUGACCAUUUGGCAAGCAAGACAUCUGAACUGAACGUGUCAGAGAGCAGGACAAGGAGUGGAAGGGUAUUUCAGAGCACUAUUCACCAGCUGGAGCUCUCAUCCAGCCAGGAUGUGCUGCCCAAGAGGAGGAAGAUGAGUGAACCAAAGGAGCAGUUCUAGGCAUCCAUCUCCCUGCUGCUGGCUUCCUGAGCUCCACACCACUUCCACGUUGCUGUUUCACCUGAAUGUUUGUGUUUAAAUACCUUCUAGAGGUAGUUUCUGUUCUAUCUGUGGCCCAAAUUGAGUGUUUCAAGGGCAGAAAACCUGUCAGGAGGCAUAGC